CUUUUAAUCCUUAGGUGUUAUGCCAUCCGUUAGCCGAAGAAUAUUACUUCAAGUCCAAUUCUCUCCACAAAUAUGGCUUCCAAGUCAGACCGUAGGGGCCCCCAUCGGCAAGCAUACCCACCGCCCAUUAGCUACUGGUUGAACGAUAGCUCCGUUAUAUUUGGCACAAAUAAUAGAUACGAUAUUAGUGUCAAAGAGAAGGGCUAUAAAAGACACUUAAGACUAACUAUUCGUGAACUACAAGAAAAGGAUUUAAAAGACUAUCACUGUUUUGCAAAGAAUGCAUUGGGAGAACAAAGGGCUACAAUUAAGCUCUACGGUCACCAUUGA